CCGGCGCAGACGGAGCGCACCUUCGGAUGGAGAUGAAGUAGCCGCAGCACUCGACCGACGGAGGAACUGCAGCGUCCGCACCGCCACACCGCAGGGGUUUCUCUCUCUCUUCAGGGGCGGACAGGUGACAGAGCACAAACCGAGCCGAGACUCCGCCGGUGGAAAUUACUGCCGUUUGACCUCCCCCCUCCUCCCCGCCGCACCACACUUGCCACAAUACAUGCAUUUCGAUACCACAUGCCCUUGAAUCCGAUCGGCUGAGCUCUGUCCGUCAAGAUGGAAAAUGCGCACACCAAGUCGGCGACCGAAGUUUUGGACAACUUCGGCGUGAACGAGAACACCGGGCUCACUCAGGAACAAGUCAAAGUCAGCGUGGAGCGAUAUGGGCCGAACGAGCUCCCGGCUGAAGAAGGCAAGUCCCUGUGGGAGCUGGUGGUGGAGCAGUUUGAAGACCUCCUGGUCCGGAUCCUACUGCUAGCCGCCUGCGUCUCCUUCGUGUUGGCUCUGUUUGAAGAGGGAGAGGAGACAACCACCGCCUUUGUUGAGCCUAUUGUGAUUCUUCUCAUCCUCAUUGCCAACGCUGUGAUCGGGGUCUGGCAGGAGCGCAACGCUGAGAAUGCCAUCGAAGCCCUGAAAGAGUAUGAACCAGAGAUGGGGAAGGUGUACCGCAUGAACCGCAAGGCCGUCCAGAGGAUCAAGGCCAGGGACAUCGUCCCGGGAGACAUCGUGGAGGUGGCAGUCGGGGACAAGGUGCCUGCCGACAUCAGGCUGACCUCCAUUAGGUCCACCACCCUGCGCGUGGACCAGUCCAUCCUCACAGGGGAGUCUGUGUCUGUCAUCAAACACACUGACCCUGUUCCUGACCCCAGAGCUGUCAACCAGGACAAAAAGAACAUGCUGUUUUCUGGCACCAACAUUGCUUCAGGCCGUGCCAUAGGUGUCGUCAUUGCUACUGGCGUGACCACGGAGAUCGGCAAGAUCCGUAAUCAGAUGGCGUCUACGGAGCAAGAGAAGACGCCGCUGCAGCAGAAGCUGGAUGAGUUCGGCCAGCAGCUCUCCAAGGUCAUCUCCCUGGUUUGUGUGGCCGUCUGGGUGAUCAACAUCGGCCACUUCGGAGACCCCGUCCACGGCGGCUCCUGGGUCAGAGGGGCCAUCUACUACUUCAAGAUCGCCGUGGCCCUAGCUGUGGCUGCCAUCCCCGAGGGCCUGCCCGCUGUCAUCACCACCUGCCUGGCCCUCGGCACGCGUCGCAUGGCCAAGAAGAACGCCAUCGUCCGCAGCCUGCCCUCCGUCGAGACCCUGGGCUGCACCUCUGUUAUCUGCUCUGACAAGACGGGCACCCUCACCACCAACCAGAUGUCCGUUUGCAGAAUGUUCGUCGUAGACAAGGUGGAAGAUUCCAAUUGCAGCCUUCAUGAGUUCUCAAUAACUGGUUCUACAUAUGCCCCUGAAGGACAGAUACUGAAAGGAGACAUUCCUGUCAACUGUGGAGACUAUGAUGGACUUUUGGAGUUGGCCACUGUGUGCGCUAUGUGCAAUGACUCUUCAUUGGACUACAAUGAGGCCAAAGGCGUUUACGAGAAGGUGGGUGAAGCCACAGAGACCGCGCUCACCACCUUGGUGGAGAAGAUGAACGUCUUCAAGAGCGACCUAUCUGGCCUCAGCAAGGUGGAGCGUGCCGGCGCCUGCAACUCGGUGAUCAAGCAGCUGAUGAGGAAGGAGUUCACCCUGGAGUUCUCCCGCGACCGCAAGUCCAUGUCUGUCUACUGCACGCCAGUCAAGCCGGGCUCCCAGAGCAAGAUGUUCAUCAAGGGCGCUCCGGAGAGCGUGAUUGAGCGGUGUCAGUACGUGCGGUUGGGGACGGGGAAGGUGGCACUCACACCAGCCCUGCGUGACCAGCUGCUGUCCAAGAUCAGGGAGUGGGGGACAGGCAGGGACACCCUGCGCUGCCUGGCGCUGGCCACUCACGACACGCCGCCGCGCAAAGAGGUCAUGGACUUGGAGAAUUCCAGCAAGUUUGCACAGUAUGAGCUGGGUCUCACAUUUGUUGGCUGCGUGGGCAUGCUCGACCCGCCCAGGAAGGAGGUGAUCGGCUCCGUGAGACUGUGCAACGAGGCCGGCAUUCGCGUUAUCAUGAUCACGGGAGACAACAAGGGCACGGCCGUGGCCAUCUGCAGGCGAAUUGGCAUCUUCGGGGAGGAGGAGGACGUGGUGGGAAAGGCCUACACGGGCCGCGAGUUUGAUGACCUGCCGGCGGAGGCGCAGAGGGACGCCGUCAAGCGAGCGCGGUGCUUUGCCCGCGUCGAGCCGGCCCACAAGUCCAAGAUCGUCGGAUACCUGCAGUCAUUCGAUGAGAUCACUGCCAUGACGGGAGAUGGAGUGAAUGACGCCCCGGCGCUGAAGAAAGCGGAGAUUGGCAUCGCCAUGGGCUCUGGGACUGCAGUGGCCAAGUCGGCGUCUGAGAUGGUGCUGUCGGACGACAACUUCUCCACCAUCGUGGCUGCCGUGGAGGAGGGCAGAGCCAUCUACAACAACAUGAAGCAGUUCAUCAGAUACCUCAUCUCCUCUAACGUGGGGGAGGUCGUCUGCAUCUUCCUCACCGCCAUCCUGGGUCUCCCUGAAGCUUUGAUUCCGGUGCAGUUGCUGUGGGUUAACCUGGUGACCGACGGCCUGCCGGCCACCGCCCUGGGCUUUAAUCCCCCAGACCUGGACAUCAUGGACAAACCUCCACGCAACCCCAAGGAGCCUCUCAUCUCCGGCUGGCUCUUCUUCAGAUACCUGGCUAUUGGAGGAUAUGUGGGUCUUGGAACGGUGAGCGCUGCCACAUGGUGGUACCUGUUUGAUGACGAAGGCCCACAAGUGACUUUCUAUCAGCUGAGACAUUUCAUGCAGUGCACUGAGGAUAACCCCUUGUUCAAAGGCGUAGAGUGUGAGGUGUUUGAAUCCCGCUACCCCACAACCAUGGCCCUGUCCGUGCUGGUCACCAUCGAAAUGUUCAACUCACUCAACAGUUUGUCUGAGAACCAGUCUCUGCUCCGGAUGCCUCCCUGGGUCAACAUCUGGCUGCUGGGAGCCAUCAUCCUCUCCAUGUCCCUCCACUUCUUAAUCCUCUACAUUGAGCCUCUGCCGUUGAUCUUCCAGGUGACCCCUCUGCACUGGUCCCAGUGGAUCGUGGUCUUGAAGAUUUCAUUCCCGGUCAUCCUCCUAGAUGAGGCACUGAAAUACAUCUCCAGGAACCAUCUAGAAGCGGAUGAUGACAAGAAAUAUCGGAGGAGAUGGCAGCAGAACUGAGACCUCUCCCCCCAACACACCCACUCAGUUGGUCACACGCCCACCCUCUUCCCUUUAAGAUCGAGGAACCUUUUCUCUCCCCUUGUCCUCAUUCCCCCACUCCUGCAUGUCCAACAAACCACCACUAGAAAUGAGCAGGGUGCAUGAGAAUGAGUGUGCCAGAAAAGAGAGCAUGUGUGGUCCUGUGAGCAUGGCUUGGUGCAAGUGUGUGUGCGUGCGUGCGUGCGUGCGUGCGCGCGCGUGUGUGUUCCUGUGUGUGUGAGCAGGCAGAUGCAGGACUGUCUUUACAGUUGUCAGAGCAACAGUUGUCA